CGGAUCUGCUGCAGCCAUUUUGAUUUCGGCUUCAGCUGCCGUCGCGGCGGAGCGAAGUGAGGGUAUUUGUGAUGCCUGUGCGGUGCGAGUUUUGCUGAGGGCUCGAGCUAUCUUUUCAACUGGAGGCCGUCUUCGAAAAUGAACGGGAACGACGGCAUGGAAGGCCUCAUUCCUAUCGUAAACCGGCUUCAAGACGCUUACGCUCAGCUAGGUGCGAGCCUCACGCUAGACUUGCCUCAGAUCGCCGUUGUCGGCGGACAGAGCGCAGGAAAAAGCAGUGUACUGGAGAAUUUCGUUGGCAGGGACUUUCUACCAAGAGGGUCUGGAAUUGUCACUCGUCGUCCACUGGUGCUACAGCUGAUAAACUGCAAUACAGAGUAUGGAGAGUUCCUGCACUGCCGUGGCAAGAAAUUCACAGAUUUUGAUGCAAUUCGCAAAGAAAUCGAAGAUGAAACAGAUCGGGUGACAGGCAACAACAAGGGCAUUUCAAGCGUGCCCAUCAAUCUCAGGGUCUACUCACCGCAUGUGCUGAACCUGACCCUGGUUGACCUUCCGGGGUUGACUAAGGUCCCCGUCGGUGAUCAGCCUGCGGACAUUGAGCAACAGAUCCGGGAUAUGAUUCUCCAGUUCAUUCGCAAGGAGAACUGCCUUAUAUUGGCAGUCACAUCAGCCAAUCAAGAUCUGGCUACUUCAGAUGCCCUGAAGCUUGCCAAGGAAGUUGACCCAGAAGGUCUGCGCACCAUAGGUGUGAUUACCAAGCUGGACCUUAUGGAUGAAGGAACUGAUGCCAGAGAUAUCUUAGAAAACAAAUUGCUGCCAUUGAGGAGAGGAUACGUGGGUGUAGUGAACAGGAGCCAGAAGGACAUAGAAGGCAAGAAAGACAUCAAGGCAGCCAUGGAAGCAGAGCGGAAGUUUUUCCUUAGUCAUCCUGCAUAUAGGCACAUGGCUGAUCGUAUGGGUACACCAUUCCUCCAACGGGUGCUGAACCAACAACUGACCAACCACAUUCGAGACACCCUUCCAGGCCUCCGGGACAAGCUACAGAAGCAGCUUCUUUCCAUGGAGAAGGAGGUGGAAGAGUACAAGAACUUUCGCCCAGAUGACCCAUCCCGCAAGACCAAGGCUAUGCUCCAAAUGAUUCAGCAACUUCAGACAGACUUUGAACGGAACAUUGAAGGUUCUGGCUCUGCUGCCAUCAACACAUCAGAGCUCUCAGGAGGUGCCCGCAUCAACAGAUUGUUUCACGAAAGAUUUCCUUUUGAAAUUGUCAAGAUGGAAUUUGAUGAAAAAGAGCUACGCAAAGAGAUAGCCUUUGCGAUUCGCAAUACACAUGGCAUUCGGGUUGGACUGUUUACUCCAGAUAUGGCUUUUGAGGCUAUAGUGAAGAAGCAGAUUGCCAAGUUGAAGGAGCCUUCCAUCAAGUGUGUAGAUCUUGUCGUGGCUGAACUGGGAAAUGUGAUUCGGCGAUGUGCUGAAAAGAUGAGUCGUUAUCCACGAUUGCGGGAGGAAACUGAGCGCAUUAUCACCUCACAUGUGCGUGAGCGAGAGCAGACAUCAAAGCACCAAAUAUCUUUGCUUGUUGAGGUGGAACUUGCAUACAUGAAUACAAACCACGAAGAUUUUAUUGGAUUCACUAAGGACGAUUAUCACUCUGGUGCACAGCAAACAGCAGAUGUGUCAUCGGCUGGUAAAAGAAAACUAGGCAACCAGUCUGUUUUCGCCGUGAUUCGCAAGGGGUGGAUGUGCAUCCACAACUUGGGCAUCAUGAAAGGUGGCUCUAGGGACUACUGGUUUGUGCUCACAUCGGAGUCCAUCUCGUGGUACAAGGACGAAGAGGAGAAGGAUAAGAAAUACAUGCUUCCUCUGGAUGGCCUGAAAAUUAAGGAUAUUGAAGCUGGCUUUAUGUCUCGAAGAAACACAUUUGCACUUUUCAACCCUGACCAAAGGAGGAACGUGUACAAGGACUACAAGCAGCUGGAGUUAUCGUGCGAGAGCCAAGAGGAGGUGGACUCGUGGAAAGCGUCGUUCCUGCGAGCCGGUGUGUAUCCAGAGCGGGCACAGAGUGCUGCAGGUGAUGGCGAAGGGGGCACGGAUGGCGUGGGUUCGGAAGGCAGUGGAUCGUCCAUGGAUCCUCAGCUUGAACGCCAGGUGGAGACCAUCCGCAACUUGGUGGACUCCUACAUGCGCAUUAUCACCAAGACCUUCCGCGACUUGGUGCCCAAGAUCAUCAUGCACCUCACCAUCAACAAUACUAAAGAAUUCAUCUAUUCAGAACUACUAGCUGCUCUUUAUGCUUCAGGAGAUCAGACGCAACUCAUGGAAGAGAGUCCUGAAGAGGCACAGAAGCGAGAUGAGAUGCUGCGCAUGUACCACGCCUGCAAAGAAGCUUUGCGUAUUAUUGGUGAUGUGUCCAUGCAAACAUCUUAUCAGCCAACACCACCACCAGUCAAGGAUGACUGGCUCAAAAUGCAACCCCCUGAUUCUCCACGGCCGGCCCCUCCCUCCCCGGGGGGUCCCCGGAGGAAUGUGGGAUCUUCCCGGGCACCCCCCCCAGUCCCAGCGGCGGCCAGCCGGCCAGCCCCAGUGAUCCCAUCGCGGCCCGAUGCAGCGGGCAGGCCACCCCCGGCAGCCCCACCCAGGCCUAUCAGUGCCGGUUUCCAGGCACCCCUUGUGCCUUCGCGCCCUGUUCCAUCAGUCCCACCCAGAAUCCCCGACCGGCCACAGGUUUCAUCUUCACAAUGGCCCUUCUGAGUUUUCCAUCCUCGUGUUGUGGGGAGGACGACCAGCACAAGAGACUUAGAACAGAGAGAAUUGUGAGAGCAAAAGGCCUGUGAAGCUGAGUAGUGGUCCAAAGGCAAGCCUUGGCAGGAGGGUCGGUGGCACGAGGUGAAAAUGGGGGCGAGGACCGAAAGAGAAGCAUUCCAAGCAGCAGCGUGGCGCAUAGGGCAGCCAACCGCCUGCGAUCCCUUGGCAGGGACAUCCCUGUCCAUGUCACCAGAGGUUAGGCGAAAAUCACGUGCCCUGCUAGUCCCGAAUCUGCCUCACUUGUUUGUUUGGAUUGUGCAAGUUUUGUAAUGUAAUUUUCUGUGAUUCAUUUUUUGGUCACUGUGAAUUGCUCUUUCUCUUUGUGCCACUUGUAUUUUUUUUAAUUGUGUGCUCACUCAGUCUGCCUGACCAGUAUACAGAGGCAUACAUAUGGGCACAGCGUGUCCCCCCCCAGCCUGUCACUGGCUGGAGGGCUGCCCAUGACGAGCACCAUGCCAUCUGUUGUGCUUGCUUCACUUAGACGGGGUCCUUGGUGUUGCCUGCCGGUGUGUCCUCAUUUCGCCAGUUCGCCAUGAGGCAAUUCAACCAUGUUUUCCCUGUGCUGCUUUUUUUUUGGUUAUGUUUGAAAAGAAGAUAUUUAUUUGGCAAGGCAUUCUUAAAGAAACACUCAAUACAAAACUGCUAAGCUAUACGUGACCCCCAGUAUGCAUGCUUUAAUAUGUCGUCACAUAGUGACUUGAAAGAUGAGACUUCAUUUUUGCAGGGCCAUGCUGACUUUUUUUUUGUAUUUGUAGAUAGAAAUGGGCUUUUGCUUUUUCAAAAGUCGAUACAGAAGCUUAUUUGCUUGUAUUGUCCAAGUCCCUCAACUGGUGUUCACAUUCAGCACUGGUGGUGGGGAAGCCUUUUUUUUUUUUUAGCAUUUUAAAUGUUCAGUUUUGAAUAUCUAGCCCUAUGUUUGGUUGAAGGGUAUUUAUUUCAUUGUUGCACAGUUUAUUUGCCUUAUUUUUUACAAGUAAGGCAAAACUUGGAGGUUCUCUCUUGCUGUAUUUGAACUUGCGUGUCAUUAAUGUACCAGUUAUACCUGCAUAGAGAACGCACAUGUAUUGGCAUUGAUGUCCGAAAAGAAAAAAAAAAGAUAUUUUUUGUGUGCAUUCUGAGUGCACCGUAGCGUAUGAACUUGCCUACUAUUUUUUGUGAAGAUAUGUCGAAGAUGCAGUAAAGACAAAGUGAGUUUUCUCUGUCAGGGCGUCUAAGACGCGAUUGUAGUCUCUGUGUUCUGUAGGCUCAGAUAGCAUUCUAGCAGAGCUAAGCCCCCAACUGUUCCCACAUGCUAAUUCUAAAUUACCAGAGUAAUCAUACACAGCAUGAAUGUCUCAGUACAGCUGGGCACACACUUUAUGCUUACAAAAGGAAGUACGUGCUGUAAGAAUGUAUGAUAUGACGACAGACUGGGGACCCUCACACCAGUGAUGUACACAUGCGCAGCAAUGUGGGUUUGAAGUUGUAAAUUAAAGUAUCAAUGUUGGCGAU